AUGCCACGACCGUCCCGUGACACGUACGGCGACCAGAAGCCACCGUACUCGUACAUCUCGCUGACGGCGAUGGCGAUCUGGUCGUCGCCGGACAAGAUGCUGCCCCUGAGCGACAUCUACAAGUUCAUCACCGACCGCUUCCCGUACUACCGCAAGAACACGCAGCGCUGGCAGAACUCGCUGCGGCACAACCUAAGCUUCAACGAUUGCUUCAUCAAAGUCCCCCGGCGUCCGGAUCGGCCCGGCAAGGGCGCCUACUGGGCGCUCCACCCGCAGGCGUUCGACAUGUUCGAGAACGGCAGCCUGUUGCGGCGCCGGAAGCGCUUCAAGCUGCACAAAACCGACAAGGACAUCCUGAACGAGGAGCUGGCGGCGCUGGCCAACAUCAACCGGAUAUUCCUGGCGCAAAACUCGGCCGACGCGUACUGCGGUGGACCCGGGGCGGCCACCCUGCUGCCCGCCGACCCGUCCCUGCUGCACCCUUCGGCCCUGCUGCAUUCGCCCCCGCACGAGCCCCACUCCCCGCUGGGCGCGCCGCCCCCCCUGUCACCCGUUUCGGUGGGGGACGCGACGACGGCGACCGCGCUGACGACGGCCAGGACUCCGCUGCGCCCGAAGCGGUCCUUCACCAUCGAGAGUCUCAUCACGCCCGAGGACGACGAGGGGCCGGGGAUGCUGGAGAAGCGCUCCCCCAGUGCCAGCCCCGCCAGUGUCACCCGCAUCCCGUCCUCGCACCAGAAACGCUCGAAACGAAGCUCCGACGACAAGCUGCACCUCCUGCACGAGUCCUCCGAGGCGAGGUUACCCUCGUUGCUUGCAUCCCACCACCAUCAUCAGCAGCAGCAGCAUCCUGGCGCCCUCCAGCAUCACCCCCAUCACCACCUGGGACUGCACCCCCCGACGCUGCCACCGGCCGCCAGCAUUCCCGGCGCCAACAUUCCGCCCUUUCUGCAGUACUCGCAUCCGGCCCUGGCGGCCUACGAUCUCCCCCUGCACCCGCUGCUAAUGAUGGGGCCGCUGGGGGCGAUUCCUCCGCACUACUUCCACCACAGCUCGUACCACAGUUUGGCCGCGGCGCACCAUCAGCACCAUCACCUGCAUCACCUGCAUCACCACGCGGCCAACGGGCAGCGGGCGGGAGGGACGACAACCGGGUCGGGGUCGCCCACCGGGUCGACCACCGAGCCGGACAGUCCGCGGUCCGGAGGCGCCCCGACCGAUCUCAGCCGACCCCUCGGACCGGCACUGCGCAGCGUCUGA